CUUGCUCAAGGACACAAUGGUGGUGGCUGUGGGGCUCGAACCAGCGACCUUCUGAUUACCAGAUUACUAGUUAUGUGCUUUAAACCACUACACCACCACCACUCCAUAAGAUCUGCCUAAACAAAAGAACUUCAAGACUGAGCAAAGAUACAAUCAAAAGCAGGGCUUAUAUAUACACAUACACACACACUCUAACAAGCCAGGCACAGGUGAUAUCAUUGACUUAAAUUCUAUCAUGACAUUACUUUGACUCAGGACAUCAUACCCGAACUCAUAAUGGCAGGAAUCUGCUGGUUAAUAUAGUUAUUGUGAUGCUACCAAGGAACAACAAAUCAGUCUCAUCUUCUACCACUAGAUGGCAAAAUAACGACCUUUAUCACUGCCUUGAUUUUAUUCUUUGCUUUUAAAAAAAAAAGAGGAUGGAAAGUUGUUUUGGAGUCAAGGGUCUGAGAGAGACAACGACUCUGCACUGUCUGGCAAAGAAACACACACACACACACACACACACACACACAUUCUCAAACCACACUCCCUCCCACUCUCCAUCAAUCUAACAGCAACUGGGGCAGUGUGGAGAAGCGUGUCAUUCUUUUUGGAUGCAUGUGCACAUUUACAUGUGUGCAUUUUGUUCCUAGCAACUGGGAAAUCUUUCUUAGACUAGAUGAAAGACAUUUUCACCUGUUUAUCUAAAACAUUCACUCUGCAGCCACAGGCAUCAGGACACUAGAAGUUCAUUUUGUUUUGUUUUUUGGGAAUGGUUUCUUCAAAUGAACUCCACAGGACCACUGUACAGAUAAUGGAUUGUUAAAGAGGCCGUGGAACAUUAUUUUUCUUCUAUGGUCACUUUUUUAUUUUUAUUUUAGUCCUGAUUUUUGCUUUAUUCAAACAGUGCUUUACAACAUGUGCAGACUUUGGAGGAUAGCAGUACUGCUCUGUGUCAAACUGAUGGACAGUGUGAAUGGAAAUACAGGACUUAUGCCAGACAGAGGGGUAGCGGCUUCCUCUUGCUAUGGAGGUUUUGACCUCUAUUUUGUACUAGACAAAUCUGGAAGUGUGCAGCAUCACUGGAAUGAAAUAUAUAACUUUGUGGAACAUCUGACCCAUAAGUUCAUAAGCCCUCAGUUGCGGAUGUCCUUCAUUGUAUUCUCUGAUCAGGGCAAGAUUCUAAUGCAGCUUACAGAGGACAGGGACCUAAUUCGUAAAGGUCUGGAGGAACUCGAGAAUGUGCGGCCAGGUGGAGAUACUUUCAUGCAUGAGGGCAUUCAGAGGGCAAGUGAACAGAUUUACUAUGGUAACACUGAGGGAUACCGCACAGCCAGUGUCAUCAUUGCUCUCACAGACGGAGAACUGCAUGAAACUCUCUUCUAUUAUGCUGAAAGAGAGGCCAAUCGCUCCCGCAGUCUAGGCGCCUCUGUGUACUGUGUGGGUGUGAAGGACUUCAAUGAAACUCAGCUAGCCAAAAUUGCUGACAGCAAAGAUCAUGUCUUUCCAGUAAAUGAUGGAUUCGAAGCUCUCCAAGGGGUCAUUGAUUCGAUCUUGAAAAAAUCAUGCAUUGAGAUCCUUGCUGCAGAACCUUCCAGUAUCUGUGCUGGAGAGGCAUUCCAAGUCGUUGUGAGAGGGAAUGGAUUCCUUCAUGCAAGAAAUGUGGACAAGGUUCUUUGCAGCUUCAGAAUUAACGACACCCAUACCAGAAUGGUGAAGCCAUUAAUAGUAGAGGACACAUACCUUCUAUGUCCAGCUCCUGUUCUUCGAGAGGAGGGAACGGCUGCCUCUCUUUACGUCAGCAUGAAUGAAGGCCUGAGUUUUAUCUCCAGUUCUGUUACCAUCACCACCGUGAGCUGUUCUGAUGGUACGAUCCUGGCCAUAGCAUUACUUAUUGUGUUGUUACUACUGAUUCUGGCCCUCAUGUGGUGGUUCUGGCCUCUCUGCUGCACUGUGAUUAUCCAUGAACCACCACCACCAAUUGUGGAAGAGAGUACGGAUGACGAAGAUGAUGGAGCCCCCAAAAAGAAGUGGCCUACAGUUGAUGCCUCCUACUAUGGGGGUAGAGGAGUCGGGGGCAUUAAAAGAAUGGAGGUUCGCUGGGGUGAGAAAGGUUCGACUGAGGAGGGUGCUAAACUGGAAAAGGCGAAGAACGCGAGGGUAAAGAUGCCCGAACAAGAGUUUGAAGCUCCUCCAGCUCGAAUCUUAAAUAAUGGCAUGCGGAAACCUCCAGGUCCUCGAAAAUGGUACUCACCAAUUAAGGGAAAACUGGACGCAUUGUGGGUACUUAUGAAGAAAGGCUACGACAGAGUGUCCAUCAUGCGACCACAUCCAGGGGACAAGGGUCGCUGUAUGAACUUCACUCGUAUCAAGUCCAGUCUUCCUCCCCGGUAUCCAUCCUACAACCAAUCUUCACACAUCUACACCCCAAAACAAACCCUCAACCCACCCCCUCCUCUGGGCCAGCUGCCCCCUCCUCCUUGCAGUCCACCCGCCUCCCUCUCCUCCAGUUUACCUCCCCUACCUUCCACCCCACCUCCCCAUGGCAUCACUCCAUCCCCUCCCAUUACCCCUCCACCAUCCUAUUCUCCACCCCCUGUCUGGGCUUCAUCUCCUACCACCCUCUUCUUUUCUCCGCCUUCUCAUCCACCAUCACCUACUUCCUCCUUGCCUCUACCCCCAGAAGCCCCGCCUCCAUGUAGAGCUCCACCUCCGGACCGGCCACCUCCACGGCCCUGUCUGUAAUGCGGCGAAUCUGAGUGGACUGCUUCGAGGAAGUAAAAAGGAAACAGGAAAUAUACAUUUCCCAGAUCCUCCUAACAGAUUGCCAUAAAUGCAAUACAUUUCAAAGACUGACUUGUGAAAUAAAUAGCAUUUGCUUCCUUGCAAGGACAAUGAAAUGAACAAACAAAUGGAAUUCAAGCCACCAUGCAACUCGAAAACUAAAUGGUGCAAACUCUGAAAUCACAAACAACACUUUUCACGUAAAAUUCACGUAAGAAGCUUUUGUUUCUUCAAAUGGUGGGCACCAUUUGCUUGUUUGUGAAAUGAACUGAGCUUUGAGAGCAAAAGUGGUUGGUCCAUCAUUGGAUCCAUGGAUGUUUCACAAUUGCAGCCACAUGCAGCAGUCUUAUAAAUAUAGGAAAUACACUAUAUGGCCAAAAGUAUGUGGAUGCCUAAACACCACCCAUAACCAUUGGCAUUAAUAGGGACCUGGAAUAGGUCAACCCCAAGAGCUUCCACUCUUCUGGUUCAGCUUUCCAUUAGAUGUUCAAACAUAGCUAUGGGGAUUUGCUCUCAUUCAGAAUCUAGAGCAUUGAUAUUUGGUGAUGGUGCCUGGCAGUUCAUCCCAAAGGUGUUCAGUGGGGUUCAGGUCUGGGCUUUGUGUCAGUCAAGUUCUUCCAUACUAGAUUCAGUAAAGCAUUUCCAUAUGGACCUCAGCUUUGUGUACAGGGGCGUUAUCAUGGUGUAACUGAAAAGAGCCCUCCCCAGAUUAUUGCCACAAUGCCAUUGUAUUGUGUAGCAUUAAGAUUUGUCUUCAAUGGAAUAGUCAAACCUGUUCAUUAGAAGGGGUUGUCCUCAUAGACUACGUUUGGCCAUGUAGUGCAUGUCCACAUUUUUAACUAGCAUGGAUUGAGGGGAUGAAGUAGUUUUAACAGUAGCCAUUUCCAUCCAAGUUGCAAAUUGUAUUUAUGCAAAAGAAAUGGGAAAAACAAAUUAUCGCAAAAACUAUUCAUGAAUAAAGCAGCAUUUCCAUCCCGUGUUUAAGAGAACAAAAUCGUUCCUUCUGGGAGAAUUGUAAUGUCAAAUAAUUUCAUUUGCAUUGCGAUUUUAAUAAAAUGAUCUACCUCCGUUUAUGGAUUUUGAUACUCUAGGUACUAUCAACACAUUGGAAUUUUACAACCGUAGUGAACGUGACAGAAGUUUGCUUAAGUGCUUUGGAGCUAGAGCAUUCAAAGCUUUGUAAGUUAUUAGGAACCAUUUAAAAAUUGAUAUGAAACCUAACAUGUAGCCAAAGCAGUGACGAUAAAAUUGGGACAAUAUGAUCAUAUUUCUCGGUUCUAGUAUGCACUCAUGCUGCUGUAUUUUGAACCAACGGAAGCUUAUUUACUGAACCUACAGGACAUCCUCCCAGUAAUGCAUAUAAUAAUCUAGUUGAGGUCAAGAACGCAUGAAUUAGCUUUUCGGAAUCAGAAACAGAGAGCAUUUGUCCUAACUUUCAAUAUUUCUAAGGUGGAAGAAUGCUGUUCUACAAAUAUUGUAAAUGCGAUUGUCAAAGGACAGAUUGCUAUAGAAUCAAACAUAACACCCAGGUAAUUAACUGUAGAAGACAAUUUAACAAUACAUCCAUAGAGAGCCAAAUUAUAUUCUAGCUUCUUAUUUUUAGAGGUUUUUGGUCCAAUAAGUGAUACCUCUUUUUUGUCAGAAUUGAGUAGAAGUACAUUUCUAGCCAUCCAGUCUUUGAUAUCAUUAGUACACUGUGCUAUCUUGGAGAAUUGGGACAUUUUGCCAUGUCUCGUAGGUCCGAAGGUUGAAAUAUAAAGUGGAGUAUCAUCAGCAUAACAAUGAAAACAAUAGGUUCUCUGAAACAGAGUGGAGAGAUCCACCUAUGGGAAGGGCAUCCGUACCUGACCUCUGCAGAAGCAUCCAAUUGCACCAAGUCUGGCUAGACAGACAGAAGCGCGUGACCUAUGCUCAGUAAGGACCCACCCCCUUACCUAAGAGCAUAUAACGACCUGCACACGUUGCUGCUCCUCAGAAAGUAUAUUCGCUUCUUGUGCAGCAAGCGGGGCAAGCUUGGUGAAUCUCUCCACUCGACGUUUCAGAGAACCGGAGUUACAUGAGUAACCUAUUGUUCUGUUUCAUCAUCUCGUGUUUGAGAUCCACCUAUGGGAGACAUGGACAGCUCCCCGAUUGCACAAUAUAUUCACAAUGAGGUCCUGCAAGCCGGUUAAGGGAACGGUCGCCCCAAAGAGGUGGUGGCUGGCACAACCCAUAAUCACACACGGCAACCCUGAAGCACACAAGUGAGAACUGUGUACAGGUAGAGCACAAGUAACAUGUUAGUUGCAUAAACAUAAAAAUCAGCCCAGCAGCAUACAGUAAAGACAACACCCAGGCAGGAAUGUUAAUGCAUGCUUGGUGACAUGAAUGUGCACGGCCAACCGGCCCAUUACCCCUUUUUCUUACUUAUAUAUAUUAUAUAGAAAAGGAGCUAACAGGGGAGGGGCUAUGAAGAACCCAUCCCCAAGACAGAAUGAGAUACCGGGGUCCUGGUAACAUCCAGCCGGUAGUAAUGUACAAAAGUAUGGGGAGAAGCCCAGCUGGCAGCAGAACAGAUGUCCUGCAAUGAAACUCCCCUGAAAAGAGCCCAAGAGCCCCCCUGCCCCUCGUGAAGUGGGCUCUGAUGCCUUCUGGAGGCAGCACUCCCCUAGAUUCAUAAGCCAAAAUUAUAGCUUCCAAAAGCCAAUGCGAGAGGUGUUGCUUAGAAAUGGGAUUCCCCGAGUGAGGGGGGCCCAAGAGAUAAAGAGCUGAUUACUCUUCCGAAAAGUACUGGUCCUAUCCAAGUAAGCCCGCAGGGCAUGGACUGGACACAGACCAUUCAGCCUCUGAUCCUCCGCAGAUGAAAAAGGAGGAGGAUAAAAAGCGGAAAGCUCCAUUACCUCACAGGAGAAUGCUGGGAAGCAUUUUUGGCAUAAAGGCUGGGUUAGGCUUAAGGAAAACCUUAUCUCCACUAAGAGAGAAUUUAGUGCAAGAGGAAUGAACAGAGAGUGCAUGCAGGUCACUGACACGUUUAGCUGAUGCUAAGGCCAGGAGCAACGCUGUCUUGAAAGACGGCAAUUUUAGGGAAAUGCUUCUCAGGGGCUCAAAAGGCGGCUGACAUAAAGCCUCCAGCACCAUGGAGAGGUCCCACUCAGGAACAGUUCUCCUAGUAACUGGGAGAGAACGGCGGGCACCCUUCAUAAAUCUACGAAUGAGGGGUGCUGCCCUGCCGUUGAGCCGUCAAACCCAAAAUGACAAGCGUAAAUAGCCGCCAGGUAGACCUUAAUAGUGGAAAAAGACCUGCCUUUAUCCAUAAGGUCUUGUAAAAAUCACAAAAUAUCAGAGACUGAACACUGAUAUGAUGUGGACCACGGCCAUCACACCAACCUUCAAACACUAGCCACUUACAGUCAUAUAGGGACCUUGUGGAGGAGGCCCUAGCCUUCUGUAUAGUGGCAACCACCCAUGGGGGAAGCCCCAUCAAGCUUAAAUUUGUCCUCCCACGGGCCAAGCACAAAGAGCCACCCUGUCCGGGUGUGGGUGAUAUAUCUCCCCAUUCGCCUGAGACAGCAGGUCUGUGCAUAGGGGGAGGGGCCACGGUUGGGCAUACAGAAGAGGAAUUAUCUCUGCCAGCCAUGGUGCUUUGGGCCACCUGGGUGCUAUCAAAAUGAGGGACAGGCCCUGUUCUCUCACCCUGGCCAGGGUAGGUAUUAACAGGCACAGGGGAGGAAAUGCGUAGAGCAGCACUUUGGGCCACGUUUGGGCUAGUACGUCCAUGCCGAUGGGCGCGUCCUCGUCCUUUAGCGAGAAGAACAUAGGACAAUUGGAGUUUCGCGCGAGGCGACGAGAUCUACGUUCGCCUGUCCGAAUCUUUCCCACAACAUGCCCACUAUCUGGGGGUGGAGGCGCCAGACUCCGUAGAGCGGGUUCCCCCUGUUCAAAAUGCCUGGAACAUGGGUCGCGCAUAACGACAGGAAGUGCCGCCUGCUCCACACUAAAAGCCUGUGAGCUAGGGCAUGAAGCUUGGGCGAGCACAUGCCACCCUGGCGAUUGAUGUGUGCUACUGCUUUGGGAUUGUCACAGCGAACGAGCACAUGAUUCAGAGCUUUCCAUUCAGUCAUGAGCUCCAAAUAAUUUAUGUGGGCUGAACGAAGUUCGCUCAGCCACAAAUUGUUCACCGUCCUGCCCUCCUGAGCGGCUCCCCACCCUGUUAAGGACGCGUCUGUCGUUACCACUUUUCGCAACAUAAAAGCCCAGAGAGGGGUCAUUUGUACGUAAAGGUCUGCGCUCCUCCAGUGGCGCAAGGCUGCUGUGCACGAGUGCAUCACUGUAACAGAGCGACAGAGGUUGUGUAAUGGGAAGAAGUGGAGGGAUAAAACCCACUUCAUGAAUGCCCUCAUUCGCAGAAGGCCCAAAGGCAAAACCUGAAUAGCCGAUGCCAUAAGACCCUGUAAUCUUAGACAUUUGCGAUAUGGCACUUUCGUCCCCUCCUUGAAUUGUGAUAGACAAUACAUUAGAGAGCGAGCGUGUGCAUGGAGAUUGAAUUCAGCUCCAGACCCAGGAAUAGAACACUUUGGGCAGGUGUAAAAUUGCUCUUGUUCACAUUCACUCUGAACCCGAGUGACGUGAUGUGCGUGAGCACACGGCGAGUGUCUUGCACCACUUUCUCCUUGGAAUUGGAGCAUUGUCUAUGUUUGUUAGGAUCAUUAGACCCGUUAUUCUCAGCAGCGCUAAGCCCGCCUCCACACAAAGACAGAACACCCUCGGACUCAGCAAGAGGCCGAAAGGGAGGACUGUGAAUUUGUGGCAUAUGCCCUGAUAGGUAGAUGCUGAAGUGGAAAAAGGCAUCUUUCAGAUCGACUGAUCUAGCACGGGGAGGUUCCCCAACAUGAGCUGGACAGGGGAACACACAUUGUUCUGAACUGAACACACAG